CGGCCAAGCUGCAGCAGCUGUGGGACGGGCCUUUGCGGCGUCAGCGAUGGUCGCAACCAUGGAGUAAUAUAAGAUCAUAUAAGAAUAUAUUAUCUAUGAUAACGACCGACUGGCGGCAACUUCUCGCCCCUCCGCCCCGCGUCUCGUACACUGGAAACACGCAGCAGAUUUCUGUCAAUGUGGCUUCUGCAUUCAAAUGUCAUGUUCAAUGGUUCAAUCGUCUGCCGACUAUUACCUCACUUGCGAAUUGUCUUCUUCCGGAGCUCCUCUAUAACGCACACGAUACACCUCGGUUUGUUGUCACGGAUUUUUCAACUCGCUGCUACUCGUUUAUCCGUUUACAUAAAGCGUAAACCUCGUGGACAAUCGUUUGGCGACCAUCACCUCACGGCUCAUUUGCGAAUCGUCGUCUUCCGCGGGCGACACCAUCAUUGUUUACAGUAAUCAACAAAAUUAUAAAGGGGAACAAAUUCAAUAUGGAAGCAUUAAAACCAUCACUCAAUGAUUCUUCAAUAAAUUCUAAGUAUAAUUAUAUAUUACACCCUACACUUGUUAGAUGUGAUGAUCAAGUAUUAAAUAAAGUUAUUAAACAAGAAAAUAUUGAGGAAAAUGGCCAUAACAACGAUGAUACCACAUUACAAAUAGGUAAUACAUGGACAAUUGAAAAAGAAGUAAACACAACUAAUAUCAAUAUAAAAACUGAAGAAGAUAUUAUUGAAACAUGUACAUUUUAUGGAUCCGUUGUCAAUGAAGACUACUCUUUGGAAACAAUUGAUCGUUUGAAUUUAAGGGAAAACACUUUAACAUCCAAUACAGCAAAUCUGACUAGACGUAUAAAGAUUCAUAUUAGUGAAAUGGAAGAGCCAUUAAUAUGUGCAAUGUGUAAUAAAUUAUUUUACAAAAAAUCAGGUUUGAAAAUACACAUACUGCGUCAUACCCGUGAAAAUAGCUAUAACAAUAAAGUUCUGUGCUAUAACUGUAAUAUUUGCGGUAAAAGGUUUUCUCAAGCAAAACUUGUUGAAACCCAUAUGAGAUUACAUACUAAAGAAAAACUACGUAUAUGUGGUUUCUGUAAUAAAGGGUUUUCUACACCAUCAUGUUUGAAAAACCACACUAGGACACACACUGGUGAAAAACCAUUUAAAUGUGACAUCUGCAAUAAAGCGUUCUCUCAAUCAGGAAAUUUAAAUGUGCAUAGAAAGAUACAUACUGGUAAAAAGCCAUAUCAGUGUGAUAUCUGUAAAAAAUCGUUUUCUCGAUUACACAAUUUAAAAAAGCAUGCGAAGACACAUACCUAUGAAAAGCCAUAUAAAUGUAAAGUUUGUAAUAAGAGCUUUGCUCUUUUAAAAGUUUUAAGACAACAUGCAAGGACACACACUGGUGAAAAGACCUAUAAAUGUAAUAUGUGUGAUGAAGCAUUGACUCAUCCAAGUUACAAAAAAAGACACAUGAGAACACAUAAUGCAGAAAAACCAUAUCAAUGUGUUAUCUGUGACAAGUGGUUUUCUCAGCUAGGAAAUUUAACAGUGCAUAAAAGAAUACAUUUAAGAAAAAACAUUUAGUACGAUAUCUGUGAUAAAGAGUUUUGGAAGCAGAAAAUUUGAAGAAGCAUAUUGUUGAGACGUACCGUCAAAAGGCCUUGAAUUGCAACACUUGUUUUGUCAGGUUUGGUAUAUAUGAUUUGGUCCUCAGUUUUUAUUCUGUGUAACCAAUAUUACUAUUAUCCGUCCUUUCCUCAAGCCACUUAUUCUAUUAUCUAUUUUACUUAUUGUCCAUUUUUAUUGUAACAGAUUGUAAAUAAAAAAUUAUAAAAAAUAAAAAAAAAAAAAAUAUUUGUCUGUAAAUUCAACUGUAUAGUGUAUAAUGGUAUAAUCUAGAUUUUCGUUCAAUCUUGCAUGGCUACCUCUACGAAAGUUCUAUUGUCUUAAUGUUAAUUUAUAUUAAUUCCGUUACUAUGAUCCACAAAAAUUGUUGUUUUUUGAGACAGAGUAUAAUAUAACUCUUCAACCCAUGAUUAUGUCAUUAAAUAUGUUAUUAAUAUAUAACAUUAAUUACUACUAUUAUUUAUACAUAAUAUUAUUAUAUUAUAUUAUAAUGAUAUUAUCAACUACUGAAUCAUGUUUUAUGUUAUAAUAAAAAUCAUCUUUACUUCUAUACAAUACAUUUAUGUAAAUUGUAUUCUACCUCAGUCAACUGUUAUUACUUUUUAUUAGUUCAAAUUGUAUGGUAUCUAAUCCUGUAAUCUACUAGUUGACUUAAAAUUAUAUUGUGUUUUCCUGUGGAUUUUUAUACCACAACUUUAUUUAUUUAUUUUCUGAUAGUUGUGUGCAAGAUAAAAUGGUGAAUGAUACUAUGAGGAAAUAUGGGUCGAUAUCCCACAUAUGGUAACGAUAUAUUGUGGAUCUAUUUGCCCAAGUUGGUUUUACAUGACAAGUCGAGGGAUGUAUUCGAUUUUAAAGACCCGGUAAAAAUUAUUUUUAUGGGUACUGGGAUCUCGAUAACGCCGGAUCGAUUUGUCAGCAUGCGCGAUAAAUAUCACUAGUCAAAUUAAUUCAAAAAAUUAAUCAAAUUAAUUUAAAGAAAUAAUCACUUUUGUCACUUUAAUUGUCUCAACCUAAAAAAAAUGGGGGAAAUAGUAAACUGCUCUGCUGAACAGUUACUGUAACUUGUAAGUGUCGAGUUUAUUCGGUUAGGUACACCUUAUCAUUGGUAAUUGAGGAGUAAGUCACUAUGAUGAUGUAUGACGUACAUGUUAAAUAUAAAUUCAAUGAUAAUUAAUUGUAUACGAAAAUAAUUUUAGACAUUUUAUAGGAAGUAAAUUAAAUUUCAAAUGUCUAAAAAAUGCUCAGGUUGGUAGAGUCAUAAUAUUUUAAAAACUAUAUCAUGUAGAGAAAAUACUAAUACAAACAUUUUGUUAACAUUUCAAAUAUCUGGGCCUCAAUGUUUCUCAACCUGGUGGUCUGCAGUAAUUAAACGCUGAUGUAGUAAAACAACCUUUCAUUUACUUAUCCUUAAAAAAUGAAAAAGCAUGAAGCUAUAAAGUAUUUAUCGUGGCUUAACUUGGGAAAUACAAGACUGGUAAAUUAUUUUCUCAUGAUAGAUGUUAAGGGUGUCAGAGCUGGUGAUUUUUUAGUACAAAACCAAGCCUUAACAGAAAAUAUUCUCACGCCCUUUAAAACAAACUGAUUUCGUUCAUUUUUUUUAAGGAGAACGUUUUACAGGUCAGAUCAAAGCCUUAUUUUCAAAAUUAUAAUUAUACAAGCUAAACUAUGCAUUUGAAUAGUACACAGUAUUUCUUAUUUGAAGAAAUGUACUUUUCUAACGCUAUUUAAAAGAAAAUGUAUGGCUUUGAUCUGACCUGCAGAAAAUAUUUAUCUAUUAGAUGUUUCUAUUAUCUAUUAGAAAAAAAAAAUUUGAAAUUCGACGUAUUUAGGAGGCACGAGAGUUUUUUUUGUUAAGGGUGUCGGUGCCGGUUUUUCCAAUUUUCCGAAAUUCUAAACGAUUUGAAAAUUAUAUUUUAUAUUUAUACUAUCUACCACAAAUCAUCCUUAAAGUUGAAACUCAAAAACAUUUAACUGCCCUAAAAAGUGAUUACAGAAAGAGAAAACACCAUAUUUGAGUUUAAAAGAGCAUACUUAUAUAUAUUAUGAUGCAAUUGUUAGGUAUUUAAAAAUAAACUAAAAUUCGGUGUCCUAUUGGCUAUGUGCAACAUCUUACGUGACUCCCUCUAAUUGAUGUCAUAAAUUCACUUUCAAACACUUUAAUAAUAUUAUACUGUAUGGACGACGCUCCCCUUAACAUCGUAGCAACAAUAAACGUACCCGCACUUGCACGAUUGCGCACAUCGCUUAUAAGUUAUUAUAAUAUACGAAUUCAGAA